CGCCCGUGCGUAGUCAGUGUAAACCCCCCGCUUCGUAACUAACGAUGGAGACAUUCCAUUCUCCCCUCCUUAAGAAUAAGUCUCUGAAUAUAACCGCUACGCCCUCUCACUCAUCGAAUGGUAAUUUACCAAAAUUUUUCGACAGCAGCAGCGAUUGUGGAACCCCGAAGAGCGACGUCGAGAUGAAGGUCUGUGACAAUGACGAAGAAGUUGCACAACCUACUACGCGUCUCAAAGUCUGUCCUCGGAUUCCUGUAGUGGACUUGUUUGAACAGCAAAAUGGCUGGUCCUCGGCUGAGCAUCACGACACCUCUAACUCAGUCCACGAUAUUGAUCCCAAGACUGAUGCUAAGGAUCCCUAUAGUGACGAUGAUGAUGAGCUUUCCCACUCUCCGUCAUGGUACCGCUUCAGACCCAGCACUGCCACGAUCGAAGGCACUAGUAUUAUCCUGGAGGCAAGACACCGCUACGUCGCGCUAGUUGAGGACGGUUUCCGUGAUCGAGAAUUCCACAGGAUUCUUGGUAAGGAAUAUAUUGAUGGCGAGGUACAUUACUUGGUUGAUUCGGUUCCAACCUUGGUGCGAGUUCGUGUACUGCAUAAGGCCAAGGCGCAGCCUCUCAUCAGCCAAUUUGAAUACCCCGCACUCUAUCCACAUUUCAUGACGGAUCUGAAAACAAACUGCUGCCUAAGAUUCAAGGCUAGAGCUCGAACUCCAAAGAUCGAAGAAUUUCAGCCUGAGCUGACCGAAGCGACUGCUCGAAGCAAACAGAUUCCCAACGUAUACUGCAAGGUCACCACACCAAUACCUGCCGUGCUCCACGUCAAUACAGAGAUGCGCGAUAUAGCUCUGAAAACGUACAAUCUCUUUACUCGGGUCUUCUUCGAGAACCCAUUUCACCUCCACUCGACUCAUGAUACUCUUUUCAUCCUCAGCGUUGGCCUUGCCCAUGUCAUACAAAAAACGGUCAGCCUCGAUGAAGUGGCUAUUGUUCGGAAUUGAUACAUUUGCUAUAAAGAUGUAUGUGAAAUCUGAUGUCGACUUCCGGAACAAAGUCGUCGAUAGUCAAGGAUUAGAGAAAGAAAUUGGGCGAGGCUUGUUGUUUCUUGGGACAAUAUCUUAGAGGAUGUUGAUCGCGGUAUUCACGACUUAUAUCUGUCGCCUGGACUACUGGGUCGUUCGAACGGAUGCUGAAGCGGGUGAUUGUCAGUGGACUUGAUGAUGACGACGUUGACGCGGAAUGGACCAUAUAGAUUGUGACAAUUACACUACACAAACGCGAUUAAUAAAACUUAUAAGACUUAUAGUUCCC